AUGGGUUACCACGUGGGCAUCUACUUACUGUUGACGACUCCUGUGGUGCGGGCCAAUGGGCGGGGCUGCUUCGACGCCUACCACGCCGCACUUACCGCUGCCGUCUACACUAUUUGCUCGUCAAUGUUGGUGGUGUUGGUGUACCUGUGGAGGAUCAUCGUCAACGCCAGGGAUCCCCAACACCUGCAGGAUGUUUAUUACGGUGUACAGAUUUCUUAUAUCUCCACCCUGGGUACACACGUCACUCUCAUCGCUCUCAGCUCUUUCCUCGUCGUCGGCAUACAAAAGGAGCGGUGUGGGCUGGUGACGCCGUGGGUGGUGGCCAACAUAGCCUUCAUGGCCCUGGAGGCGGUGUGCUGCAUGUACUCCAACGUCCUCAGAGACCAUAUCAACAAAAAAUUCGAUGGGAUAUGCAAAGCAGAAAUGAUAUUCUUCCUAACCCGAGUUUGUAUCAGUGUGCUGGCACUGUGGGCGGUAAUGCGCUUCCUGAGGAACGUCCGGGCUGGCCUCACCUACAAGGACCCUGAAGCCAUCGAGCUCUGAGGCUGUGUCGUCGAGGGUCAACUUGCACAGCAAGAGGCCAAAGGUUAAUUAAGGCGUGAAGGGAGCGGUCAGCCGUCAUACAGUGUUACAAAAUUAGAUUAAAGGAUAUACAGUGUCCAGUAUGUUACAAGGCUGGUUAAAGACACUACAGGUACAGUGUGUUACAGGAUAUGUCGAAGGCCAUACAGUGAAUACAGUGCGUUACAUGAGGUCAAAACCAUAAAGUGUAUUACAGAAAAGUUAAAAGAUAAAAAAUGCACUCAUAAAAAAUUAAGUAAGUGCAAGUGAGUCCGAAAUCAAGCAGGACAUAACAGGUCUGACAGCACUGCAGUAAAUUACAAACCUAAGAGUGGUGAGCACAGGUCAGAAGGUCAUAAUAUAACAUGGCAAAGGUCACUCUUACAGCAAGUGAAUCUCCAGCGUCAGAACAGGUCAAAACUCGAAGUUAAAACACGUUUCAAUCAAUACUGAGACAGGCCACAAGCUCAGACCUGGGGCAGGCCAGGAGUCACUGCUGUCUAAGAUUAAAGGUCAGAGAGUAGUGAGGCAGGUGAGGAGAAGUGGCAGAUGAUGGG